AUGUCUUCCGCAAAGGACGUCCUUCGUCCCCUUGUCAUCUCUGGUCCAUCCGGCGUAGGCAAAAGCACUCUCCUCCAGCGACUCUUCGCACAGUACCCGGACAAGUUUGGCUUCAGCGUCUCUCACACAACUCGGCCUCCACGGCCAGGAGAAACCGAAGGAAAGCAGUACUACUUCGUCUCACGCGACAAGUUCCAGGAACUGCUCAAGCAGGGCGCGUUCAUCGAGCAUGCGGAGUUCUCUGGUAACUUCUAUGCUACCAGUUUCAAUGCAGUGCGCGAGGUGUCGCAGGCCGGGCGGCGGUGCAUCCUCGACAUUGAGGCGCAGGGUGUUCGUCAAAUAAAACAGACCAAUUUGGACCCAGUCUAUCUCUUCAUUUCGCCCCCGACACUGGCAGCCCUUCGAGCACGCCUGCAGACGCGGGGUACGGAAACGGAAGCUUCCACGUCGAAACGCCUUGCCACCGCACUGAAGGAGAUCGAGUACGCAAAGGAGGGAGCCCAUAAUGUUGUCAUCGUGAACGACGAUCUCGAAAGGGCAUGCGAUUUGCUGAAGCGUGUCGCACUAGGAGAGGAGAUCGCCAGCGACACCCUUCCCCCGCUAGAUGAUUAG